UUCGUUAGUGAGUCUGACACCGUUUCCCGUUAUUUAUUCGCGUUAGCAGCGGUUAGCGUUGAGGCCGGUGAGCUCAUUCACCAGGAUCAGAUCCUCAUGAUGUGGAGAACUCUCUCUCUGUUCUCAGGAACUGCAGGUCGGGUAGUUUAAUCCUCUUACCGCCAGCAGGCUGUGGUCAGGGCUGGGCAGCAGAGGGGGAUUUCACACGGCUGGAGCUGCAGAAUAACAGAACUGCGACAUCGAGCUUCGGUCCGGAGUCAGUGAGCUCCACUAACUUACACAGCGAUACAGCCGGUUAUCUGUAAACACAGCCGCCAUAUAUCUCUCUUUCUGCUCUCAUCCUGCAUAUCUGAGGUAAACUGAAGACUGUUUAUAGACUGUUUAGCAGACUUUAGCUCCAGAGCUAAGUGCGUGUCGUUGUUUUCGGUUAUCGGAGUCAUGCUGCGAUUACCGGCGGUGAGGCGGGCAGUGUCUGGAGUGGCACAGGCGAAGCCCAGCAACGUUCACUCUGUGGCAACAUCAGCUGCCAGUAACCUGGUGGAGGUGUUUGUUGAUGGGAAACCGGUGAUGGUGGAGCCAGGAACCACAGUACUACAGGCAUGUGAGAAGGUGGGGGUACAGAUACCUCGUUUCUGCUACCAUGAGCGCCUGUCUGUGGCAGGGAACUGCCGCAUGUGUCUGGUGGAGAUAGAAAAAUCCCCAAAGCCAGUAGCUGCAUGUGCUAUGCCUGUCAUGAAAGGGUGGAACAUUCUCACAGAUUCAGAGAAAACCAAAAAGGCAAGGGAGGGAGUGAUGGAGUUUUUGCUUGCUAAUCAUCCUCUAGACUGCCCUAUCUGUGAUCAGGGAGGAGAAUGUGACCUACAGGACCAGUCCAUGAUGUUUGGCAGUGAUCGCAGUCGGUUUACUGAAUCAAAGAGGGCUGUGGAGGACAAGAACAUAGGACCUCUCAUUAAAACUAUUAUGACUCGCUGCAUUCAGUGCACUCGCUGUGUCCGGUUUGCCAGUGAGAUUGCUGGGGUGGAGGAUUUGGGCACCACUGGCAGGGGUAAUGCCAUGGAGAUUGGCACAUACGUGGAGAAGAUGUUUAUGUCUGAGCUCUCAGGGAAUGUGAUCGAUAUUUGCCCUGUUGGAGCACUCACAUCCAAACCUUACGCUUUUACCUCUCGACCUUGGGAGACCAGGAAGACAGAGUCCAUUGAUGUGUUGGAUGCAGUGGGCAGUAAUAUUGUGGUGAGCACCAGAGGAGGAGAAGUAAUGAGAAUUCUCCCCAGACUUAAUGAGGACGUCAAUGAGGAGUGGAUUUCCGACAAAACUCGUUUUGCCUAUGAUGGGUUAAAGAGACAGCGCCUCACGCAGCCCAUGGUAAAGGAUGUGUCCGGACAGCUGGUGACCACAUCCUGGGAGGAGGCUUUGACUCGGGUUGCAGGGGUGCUACAAGCUUCUCAGGGCAGUACUAUUGCCGCCAUAGCAGGAGGCAUGGUGGAUGCAGAAUCCCUUGUUGCUUUGAAAGACCUGCUAAACCACCUUGACAGUGAAAACCUGUGUACUGAGGAAAUCUUUCCCAUGGCGGGGGCAGGGACUGACUUGCGCUCAAACUACCUUCUGAACACAUCCAUCAGUGGCAUCGAGGAAGCUGACCUGUUGCUGCUGGUUGGCACAAACCCUCGUUAUGAGGCUCCCCUCUUUAAUGCUCGCAUUAGGAAGAGCUGGAUGCAUAAUGAGCUACAGGUGGCACUAGUAGGGCACGAGGUGGACCUGAGCUAUUCGUAUAAUCACCUGGGAAACUCAGCCCAGGUGCUGGAAGAGAUUGCGGCGGGAAAGCAUCCUUUCAAUAAGGUCCUGGCCCAAGCAAAGCGGCCUGUAGUGGUGGUGGGGAGCGCUGCUUUGCAGAGAGAAGAUGGUGCAGCUAUACAUGCUGCUGUAUCUGCUAUUGCUCACAAAGCUCGUGUCACCAGUGGUAUAGAGGAUAACUGGAAGGUUCUCAAUGUUCUCCACAGGGUGGCAAGUCAAGUGGCAGCCUUGGAUCUGGGAUAUAAGCCAGGAGUGGAAGUUAUCAGGAAAAACACACCCAAAGUGCUGUUCUUGCUUGGGGCUGAUGCUGGCUGUAUUUCCCGAAAGGAACUUCCCAAAGACUGCUUCAUCAUCUACCAGGGUCAUCAUGGAGAUGUUGGUGCGCCGAUGGCAGAUGUUAUCCUGCCGGGGGCAGCAUACACUGAGAAAUGUGCUACAUAUGUGAAUACUGAAGGCCGUUCCCAGCAGACCCAUGUGGCAGUGACAGCUCCAGGAAUGGCCAGAGAGGACUGGAAAAUCAUACGUGCCAUUUCAGAGCUAGCUGGUAUCACUCUUCCCUAUGAGACGCUGGAUGAGGUGAGAAAACGUCUGGCCCAGGUGGCACCCAAUAUGUUACGCUAUGAUGAUGUGGAGGAGGCUAAUUAUUUCAAACAGGUUAAUGAGUUGUCAAAAGGUGUAAAUCAGGCUCUGCUCUCUGAACCACUCAUUCCUCCUCAGCUAACAGUUAGAGACUUCUACAUGACAGACUCCAUUAGCCGAGCCUCCCAGACAAUGGCGAAGUGUGUGAAGGUUGUGACAGAAGGAGCUCAAGCUGUAGAGGAGCCAAACAUCUGCUGAAAGCUGAUAAUACCGCUAGUUCUCUAGUACAGCCUGUACUUGUACCUGCUGACCAAAAAUACCUGCACUUUAUAUUAGCACCUUAAACACAUCUGUUAAAGGACUUUUGUGACCUAAA